UUAUGAGAAUGACGUUAUUUUUAUUUCUAACUUGACGGAAAAUUAAGUCAAAACAACGAUUGAUCAGUUGUGAACCUAACACUUCAAAAGUUUUAUUAUAUAACCUGAAAGUUAUGAGUCUAAGAAGUUUUAUUUUUAAUACAACAGUGAAACAAACCUCUUUACUGAGGCAAAUAAGGCUUUCAUCAUGUUGGUCUUGUGGCAAAGACGUUAUGAACAUACAGCCCAGUUUGUUUUGUGGAAGUUGCAAUGCGUUACAACAGCCACCCAAAGAUGAAAACUAUUUUAAAAUCAUGGGGUUGAAGGAAUCCUAUGACUUAGACGAGUCAGAAUUAGCUAAGAAAUACAAAGAAUUACAGAAGUACCUACACCCUGAUAAGUAUGCUAACAGAAAAAAAGAAGAACAAGAUAUCUCGGAAAAGUAUUCAUCACUGGUUAAUGAAGCAUACAAGACAUUAUUGGAGCCAUUAAACAGAGGUAUUUACAUGUUGCGCUUACAAGGCAAAGAGAUACCAGAACAAACAGAAGUAGACCAAGCAUUCCUAAUGGAAAUCAUGGAAAAGAAUGAAGAAGUAGAAAAUGCGGAGACAGAAAAAGAAAUAAUGGAAUUAAAUGCAGAAAACAAAGCCAAAAUAAAUAGUUUACAGAAAGAGGUCUCUGCUGCGUUUUUUGAAGGAGACAUGAAGAAAGUUAUCAAGUUACUAGGUCUUAUGAAGUAUUAUACUAGCAUAGACACUCAAAUACAACUAUCUAUACGUAAUAAAGGAAUUAUACGGUAAAGUAAUAAUGCCUAGCACUUGUACCUACCUGAGUCAGGGUGGCGCCACUGUCGCAAUCCUUUUUGUGAAACGGUUUUUGUUUUGUGACCAAUAAGCACCUAUCACUUGCAAUUUUUCAUUCGGUCUAUUUCCCAAUUUUACUGGAAACAUGUGUGCAAUUUAUAAGUAUAGAAAUUCAAAUGUAUAAAUUAGUCUUCCAAAUAAAAUGUUUGUUCUUGUACACAAUCAUAAUUAUGGUUUAUACUUGUUACUUAUUGAGUGUUUAUUCAAAAAUGAAAAUAUACUUUACCGUUUUGUUGCAGUA